AUUUAUAGCAGUAACGUCCCCUUUCUGCUGGACAGCUGCUUACACCCGAACCCACACUCGCUGUCGUCUGCAUGACAUGGAAAUGUGUUUUUGUUAUAGUUGAUUGACAUUUGGUAACUUUUUGCUUCUUUGAUGGUCAGUUCCUCUUCUUUUGGUCAUUCUGAUGUGUAGAAAAAACCCUGGAUUUCACAAUGUAACUUUACCCUGACAUGUCGUGUUUUUCUGACGCCAGCUGUUAUAUGGAGGCUAAUUAUAGCGUCUCAGCGACGAGGAGGAAAGUCCUGUCAUUGUUAUUACCAGCUCGUACAGAGAAUCAAAGAUCAACAGGGAGUAAGCUGAGGAGAUCCCAGCCCCAGACCUAGGGGUUCUCAUCCAGCCAUGACUCGUCCUCCGCUGCUCUUCUUCUGCUUCUGGCUGGCUUUCCUCAUAACUGAUCAGGUCUUCUGCCUGCGAGUGCAUCUGGAAAUGUAUGAGGAUUCAUUGGACGAUCAGUACAUUGGAUGUCUGGACAAAAUGGAGUCCAUAGCUCCAGAAUUACUGAAGAAGGAACGAGAGUUGAGACCAGACCUGGAUGUCGCUUGGAAUACCUCAUCUGCAGCAUGGAAUGAAAAGAAAUCUUCUGUGGGACACCUUCCUGAUGGUUUUAAGGAUGAAUAUGGGGUUGCCUUAUUAUUAUAUACCUAUAUGGAUUUACCUUUGUACAAGGAAUUAAACAGAGGUGUCCGGGAAUAUGGACAACGUCCCGACUCCUUCAUGUUCCACUCAUGGCAUUUCUAUCUUACCAGAGCUCUCAGUUUGCUUCGAGCUGGCUGUGAUGGGAAUCCAUGGUCUACAUACAGAGGAACCAGUACGGUCCAGUUUGAGCCGCCAUCUGACCCUCAAGCUACUAUAAGACUUAGCCAGUUUUCUUCCAGCUCUGCUGAUAUCAAGCAGGCCCAGCAAUUUGGCCAAGCAUCAUUCUUCAAUAUUACCACGUGUUUCGGGGCAGAUAUAGAAAAAUUCUCACACUACCCAUCCCAGAAGGAGGUGCUCAUACCUGUCGAUGAAGUGUUUCAUGUCACCAAGUACAUUAAGGAGGGGAACAGGCUCAUCCUCAAGACCACUAAUAGGAGGUGCAGUUUUUACAACUGUGCCUACUUGGGGGGGAGCAAAAGGCGCAGCUGCAUCUAUAACUCAGCUCCAAGUACGGUGAAGUUCUAUGAAGCAGUGACUGUGCCCCUGCUGGUUGCUAUGUGUACUGCAAUCUUUUCAGUUACAAGAUGAAGCCACAGUUGGGAUACCUUGACCAUCAGUAGGAAGAUGUGAGAUCACGAGUGGUGGUCAGUAGUGGUCACCUGGGGAUGAUGGACUUUAAUCUGAAGGACACUUGAUGAUAGAGACUGAUCGAUAUCUGAGGAACAUGUCAACCAAUAUCCCCGCUUGUUUCCAAUUUGAUAAACUGAAUGUAUGGAGACGUGGAAAUGUAUUCAUGCCCUUAGGGGCGUAUUUACACAUCACAUUUUUUCGCAGGGUACGGUGUUCUUCAAGUACAUUUUCAGUCACGCAA